AUGUCAGAUCUUCAAAAGUUUGUCAACCAGCAAAAAGCUAAGAAUUCAUUUUUUGGCAAUACUGCGACGUCAGGAUCAUUUUCAUCAAUUAAAGCCAUACGAUCUAAGCUUACAUCCGGUUUGAAUGGGUUCUCACUGAUACGGUUAUCAGGUGAUGAUUCGGACCAAGAAGUAUUGACAGAAUCUGCUGGAACAAGUGGGCAACUGCCGCAAACACGAAAUCGUAGAAAUGGUGGAUGGUUCAAUUCCAUUUCCAACGAUGGAUCCGUUUUUGGGAUGUCGAAGAUACAGAGGAUUGUCGCAUUUUUCAUGUCAAUAGGAGCAGCUUUUGUUUGCUUCGGAAUUGCUGUUAUCUUGCUUCCUACUAUAGUUAUACAAGCCCGGAAAUUUGCAGCUUUAAAUACGCUUGGUUCGAUUAUGUUAAUUUUAAGUUUUGCUUUUUUAUGGGGACCAAUGAGCUAUUUAAAGCAUAUGUUCUCGGAGCAGCGAAGACAUGUUACGUUAGCAUAUUUCACAACUCUUGUGGCGACGUUUCCUUCAUUGGGAUAUGAAAAUGAAAAUGUAAUUGUUGGUGCUUUACUUUAG